CUCUUUUGCUGCCUCUCCCUCGCUCACUCCCUCUUUCCCCCUCACAACACUUACUUCCUGACAACCACUGCCAAAGGACUAGCAGACGCAGCACAUCCCAAGUUUCCAUUACUCGGCAAGGGCCUAGAAGAAGAAAGAGAGAGAAGAGGAAAAGAAAAAAACCUUAAACUUCAGCCCAGUGUUAUGACAAUCUGGAGCUUGCAGCCUGUAGCUCCAGCAAUAUGGCCUCCAACAGGGAAUAAGAGGGGUUGCCGGUGGCCAGGUUUUGGGUGACAGAGGAGAAACGCCCAUCGAGCCAAGCCGCUUUAUUGUUUUCUUCCAUUAUAGUUGACAGAAUUUGAUUGGCUUGAAGUGGAUACAAGUGAGGAAGUAGACAGAAGUUGACUCAGCUGACAAAUUGUUGGUUGGUUGGGUGCAGUUAGACAGGUGUUGUGUCGCUGGCCGGACUCGGCCCGGCCCGGCCCAACCUGGCUCAGUGCUGCAGUGCUGGGCGAUGACAGACAGUGGUCUCCAAAGAUGUUGAGUAUGGAUGGAUUGGAGAUGAUCGCUGUGCUGGUGGUCAUGGGUCUUUUCAUCAAAGUCCUGGAACAGUUUGGGAUGUUCGAGCCUGUCGGAGGGGAAGACAGCGUGGAAGAUGACUUUGAGUUAUCCACUGUGUGUCAUCGCCCUGAAAGCAUGGACAAGCUGCAAGAGCAGACUAAGUUCACCAAGAAGGAGCUGCAAGUCCUCUACAGGGGCUUCAAAAAUGAGUGUCCAAGUGGUGCAGUGAAUGAGGAGAACUUUAAGACCAUUUACUCCCAGUUCUUUCCACAGGGAGAUUCAAGUAUGUAUGCACAUUUCCUGUUUGAAGCCUUCGACACUAACAAGAACGGCUCAGUUAGUUUCGAGGACUUUGUAUUUGGUCUGUCUAUCAUCCUGAGAGGGACUAUUAAUGACCGGUUAAACUGGGCGUUCAACCUCUAUGACCUAAACAAAGAUGGCUGCAUCACCAAAGAGGAGAUGUUGGACAUCAUGAAGUCCAUCUAUGACAUGAUGGGGAAGUACACAUACCCCACUAUGCAGGACGAUGUUCCAAGAGAACACGUGGAGAGCUUCUUCCAGAAAAUGGACCGGAAUAAAGACGGGGUGGUCACCAUAGAAGAGUUCAUCGAGUCAUGCAAAAAGGAUGAGAACAUCAUGCAGUCCAUGCAGCUGUUUGACAACGUCAUCUAAGGAUCUGGACCAGAGAGUAGGCUGGCACCAGGGAGGGCUGUGUGUGUGUGUGUGUGUGUGUGUGUGUGUGUGUGUGUGUGUGUGUGUGUGUGUGUGGCCGUCUUCUGAGUUGCAGGCUUGUGCUUGUGUGUCUAUUGAGAGCUGCGAGUCCUGAGGGCACCAAGAGGCCCUCUCACUCUUCCUGGACCCCCAGUGACAUUUCUCCAAGCAAAUGGAGUUUCCCAGACUCCCUUUUUCAUCAUGCAGUACCUUAGUUUUACCCCAGAGGCACAGAGAAAAAGGCAAGCAGCAGGCUUACAGGCACUGGCACACGCACGUUUUAUUUGAACUUUUAUUUAUUACUAUUACUGAUAGAGGAACUAUCGCAGACUGUAAUGGCUGAACUCAGAGGGAGGAAGUUGCCUCCAAACCUUGAUCUAAGAUCACUGUUCCCCUUUUCCCUGUCAUGGCUGAGAUUUGGAUUUGUGAAUCUGAUCCUGCCUCUGUGCAUGUGGGUAACACUUCCCUGGAGCCACAAGACUGCUCAUGCACUGGUUAAUAAAAAUAGAAAUGAAUCUACUGCCAUCUAAUGGACGAGAGAGAGAAAGACACUUCCUGAGGAAACAACAAAUUGGAGAUCCAAGCUAUCCCUCGCUUUACAGAUGGAGGUUCAAACGUGUUGUUUUCCAUGAGGAACUGAUUACAAUAUCGCAUGAUGAUGUCACUAAUAUCCAAUUAUGUAUUUACAGAGAUACUCCAAAGUCUGCGUGUCUGUCUGCUGUUCCUAGUCAUUCACAGGUGCCUCACCCUUUGUAUGCAUGUGUAACAGAAAGAUGUCAUCCAUCUUACCUAUGUGAGACUCUAAUGGGAAAACAACCAUCUCCAUUCAUGGGAUUCUGGUAGAAUAAUUCAGAGCCUUCCAAACUAUUACAGUCCUAGCUGUAGGUGUCUAUUGACUGCUGUACAUUUUCUAGCAUUCCCAAUGGUGUGAUAUUAGGCAGUACAACGUGGAGAUUGCACUAAAAUGGACAAGCAUUUUUACUAUCCCAGCUUCUCUCGUCGUACUAUAUCAAUAUACAUUCAAGAGGAAUUUAUUAGAUUGCAGAUUGUAUUUGUGAACUUCUUGUAAUCGGAAAUGUCAUUCAAAACCCUUGUUGCAUUAAAUUUGGCUCAUUCAAUUUCAAAGAGGCAUAGUGUGUAUGUGUGUGUGCGUGCGUGUUGGUGAGAGAGACAUGGUUUAAUACAUUUUUUUUUAUGCCCCCCUCAUUCUGUAUUCUCCCUCUCUCUAUAACACCAAAGAGAUGAUAUACAUUAAAAAAGGUAUAUAAAGCCACUCUAAGUAAAGACAUAGCCCACUUGUGGGUGAAGAGAGAGGGAGAUGCUGUGUAGUAAAUAGGCAAGGGGCAAUCAGAGAUAAAAGGAUGUAAUUUAGUAAAGUGGCAUCAUUCAAACGCAAGUGUAGUCUUAGGUUGUAAACCCACACAUUAUUGAGAAGACAUUUGAAAAAUUUGCAAUCACUUAUUUAUUAGCUUUUUUUCAGACUAGAACUAAUCUUAACUAUAAGAUUGGGUAAGUAACGAGACACUCAAGCUGUAAUUAAAUAGACUAUGGUGUAUUUUAAAUGCAGAGACUGAGAUGGAAUAGCAAUAAUGUUCUCUACCACGUAUCACCACCUUUGCACUCAUCCAACCUCUCAAUUCUCUCAGAGCACAGUAUAAGGGUGCACUAAGGCCCUGAGAAAUUAUGCACUUCCAACCCUGCAAAUUUCCUUUAUGUUCUGCAUUGUUUGUUUUAUUUUCUGGAGAAAAAGCAGUUUGGCUCUGAUUGUUCCUUGCCAAUAGUUUUUAACUUCCAUUCCUGACCACAAGUAAAACCUGUCUAUACCCGCAUGUACUGUGUCUAGAACUAUGAAAACCUACUAACCCGUUGUACUGACUGUCUAGUUAGCUAGCCUCAACUGGUUGCAUUACGUAUUCAAAAUAUGUAUAUUUUGUACAGAGAUAAUAAAAAUCACAGUUACUAUGCAAA